AUGAAGAAGACGAAGGUAUGUAUUAAUCUACCUGAGAAUGAGAUAGCUUUGGCUGCUCAUCAAUUGAGAUCUCCGGUUUGCUUCCCGCCGGGGAUGUUUAGUUAUAUGAAUACCACCGUUGGAGAUCUUCAAGGUCAAACAAACUCUAGAAGUAUCGAAGAUAUCCUUAGAGAAGUGAAGGCGGACGUGAUAGCAUUACAAGACGUGAAAGCGGAGGAAGAGAAUAACAUGAGACCGUUAUCUGAUUUGGCUAAGGCUUUGGGAAUGGAAUUCGUGUUCGGGGAGAGUUGGGCUCCUCAAUAUGGUAAUGCAAUCCUUUCGAGAUGGCCAAUCAAACGAUGGAGAGUGCAAAAGAUAUGCGACGAUCAUGAUUUUAGAAACGUAUUGAGGGCGACGAUCGCGGUUCCAUUUAUAGGCGAGGUGAACUUCCAUUGUACGCAGUUGGAUCAUCUUGACGAAAGGUGGAGGAUGAAACAAAUUAAUGCGAUAUUUCAAUCGAGUAUCGGUCCACAUAUCUUGGCAGGAGGCCUUAAUUCUCUCGACGAUUCUGAUUAUUCGUCGCAAAGAUGGGAUAACAUAGUUAAGUAUUAUGAGGAAAUAGGAAAACCAACACCAAGGAAUGAAGUGACUAGGUUAUUGAAAGCAAAAGGAUACAUUGAUGCUAAGGAUUUUGCUGGAGAAUGUGAGCCUAUUGUAAUGCUUGCAAAAGGACAGAAUGUGCAAGGUACAUGCAAAUAUGGGACGAGGGUCGACUAUAUAAUGGCGUCGCCAGAUUUUCCUUACAAAUUUGUGCCAAAGACUUACUCGAUUGUUUCAUCUAAGGGCACGUCCGAUCAUCACAUGGUUAGAGUGGAUAUGAUUAACGGACCAGAAGAUAGGAGAGAAAAAGUACAAAAGAGAAAUAUCACGAGAAGAACGAGUUUUAAUAGAUAAUUGUUUGAUUUGAUUUUUUAAAUUCAUGU